GUAGAACUACGUAGCCAAAUUCGCCAAAUCCACUUUUCGAGAUGAUAAAACGCUAUUUGGUUCAUAUCCGUGCUAUAAUCAUUGUCAGUGAUGUCAGGACUGCAGCAUCGCACACGAGCACAAUGAUCACAUCCAUGAUAUACUUACACACACGGGCCACUAUUUCUAGCAUCUGUUAAUUUUUAAUCGAUCGUUAACUUUUCAGAAUAGUCAAUAGAAGUUGGCUAUUUCUAUAAUUAACGGUCGGUUAACAGACGUUAGAAAUAGUGAUCCUACAGCUUACAGGACUCUAGUGGCGUUCCAAUUGAGGGCUCUCACUUCACUCACACACUCACAUCCCACGAAAUUGCAGCACUGGUGCCACUGGUUCGAUCAGUUCAGUCAGUUUAGUGUAUAUUGAUGUAUAUCUGUGGUUCGGUGUUCGGUCUGCCGUCUGGCAUCACUGUGCAUGCACUGGUUAAAAAUUGGAAGUUGGAGUCGGUUUAAGUCAGUUUAAGAAGUCGAGUUCCUAAUAUAAUAAGGGACGUACCUUCUGUGACGUGCAACGUUAAGCUUUCAGUCGAUUAUAUCAAGAAACGCGCUUUCCGGCGGAUUUCCCAACCUUCUCACGUGGCGAGAAGCGUGUUUACUCAACUGCUCUAAAAACAAUGUCGAAAAAAUCGACCGUGAGGAUCGGCACGCAGGACGGAUCUUUUUAUUGCUCUGGGGUUUUUGCCUGUGCACUAUUAAAGCUGCUACCACAGUACAAGGAUGCGUCUAUAGUGAGAUCUCGAAAUCCGAGUGUCUUAGAUGCCUGUGAUAUCGUGGUGAAUGUUGGCGGCGAGUAUGAUCCUUCCAGACAUCGAUACGAUUCUCGCAUGAAAGAAUUCCAGGAAUCGCUGAGUACCAUUAUGAAGAACCCAGGGUACAAUUGGACAGAAAAACUAAGCAGUGCGGGACUAAUCUACUGCCAUUUUGGUCAUGAGAUAUUGAGGAGUGUACUUCCGGACAUAACAGAAGACAGAGUCAUUGAUGAAAUCUUUAAGAUUACUUAUGAUACGCUAAUCAAGGAAAUCGAUGCUAUAGCUAACGGUGUGCCGAUGUAUCGAUCAGUUACCGAUUUAAGCUCGCGCGUAAGCAGACUUAGUCCUCAGUGGUACAGCCAUUUACAUCAUGGGUACAAUCAGGAUGUGAAUAUCGAGAGAAAAUUUGAGAAAGCCAUGGCUUUGGUUCGGGAGGAAUUUUUAGAAAUUGUGCGCGGCACGAAAAACAUUUUGUUACCGACGAGAAAAAUCAUGCGACGCGCCGUGGAGAGUCGAUUUGAAAUUGAUUCGAGCGGAGAGAUAAUAACGAUGUCGCAACCUUUGUCGUGUAAGGAGUAUUUGUUUCAUUUGGAAAAGGAGAUGAACGUGUCGCCAUCAAUAAAGUACGUCAUUUUUGAAGUUAGACCCUAUUAUUGGAUUGAGUGCAUGCCGGUAGAGUUGAACAGUUCCGAGUACAGAAUGUUAUUGCCGGAAGCAUGGGGCGGUUUGAGCAAUGAUACUCUUGUGGAAGCUUGUGGAAUUGAAGGCGCCAUACAUGUGGUUUCUGGUCGGUCCGUCGGCGGUCACAAAAAUAAGGAAGGUGCAAUGGCCAUGGCGCGGAAAGCGCUCAAGAUUGGGAAAACCAUGCAAGAUGAAAACCGUGCAACCACGAAAAUCAUCAUAAAAAAUGACGAUGUCUAGACUUCUAGACCAUUGAUUUUUUUUAAUUUUUAUGAUGGUUAUUGAACAUUUUUCAAGAACAUUUUUUUUUCUAAUUAAACGCAAUUCGCUUGCGUACAUUUUGUUCUAUUUAAAGACUUCGAUCGUUUAACAUUC